AUGUCGAGUGCUAUACACAGUGCCAGUUUCAUUAGCGCCCAUUGGUUUAUGUGGCAACUACUGGGCGCUGCCUACACCCAAGUCAGCUGGCAUGGAUUCUAUUGGUUCUAUGCCCUGCUGAUCAAUCUGCUGGUGACGCUCUACUAUCCACUGCACUUGGGAGUGAAGGUCUUCAGCAAUGCAACUAUAAAAGAUGAUAUUAUAAACCUCACCACGUUUGUGGUUACGCUAUCCUGCUCGCUAAAGAUUCUCAUCUACUCGUAUAAUCUACAGAAAGUGCGACAGAUGGAGCAUUUGUUGGCCACAUUGGACUCACGAGUCAAGGGAGCAGCUCAGCGGCAUAUUUAUGAUCAGCUCAGCAAGCAGCUGAGAAAUAUUCUUUAUGUAUUCAUUGCUCUGUAUUUGCCUGUGGCCGUCUUUGCGGAAAUGUCGUUUGUAUUCCAAGAGGAACGCAAGCUGUUGUAUCCUGGCUGGUUUCCCUAUAAUUGGUACAAUUCGACGCUUAAUUUUUAUUUAACGCAUGUCUAUCAAAUUGUUGGCAUUUUCAUACAAAUCGCACAAAACUACGUCAGCGAUUGCUUUCCAGCAGUUAUGCUCUGCCUGAUAUCGGCGCAUACGAAGAUGCUCUAUAAGCGCAUGGAGGACAUUGGCGUCAGCUUGAAAUCCGAUGCAGAGUUGCAGCCACAAUUAGCGGAGACUGAACUGGAAGCCUGCAUUACAGAUCACAAGCAAUUGCUGGAACUGUUCGAUUUAAUGGAGUCCUUCAUGUCCUGGCCCAUGCUCAUACAGUUUGCAGCAUCGGCGCUCAAUAUUUGCAUCAGCAUUGCUGGCAUGUUAUUCUUCGUCACCGAGCCCAUGGCUCGCGCAUAUUUCUUCUUCUACGCUCUGGCCAUGCCAAUGCAAAUCUUUCCCAUCUGUUACUACGGCACCGACACUGUCGUUUGGUUUGGCAAGCUGCACUAUGCGGCUUUUAGCUGCAAUUGGCUGACGCAGCGGCGCAGCUUCAAGCGCAAGCUGAUGCUGUUCGUGGAACGCUCGUUGAGGCACAAUGCGGCCAGAGCAGGUGGCAUGAUACGCAUACAUGUGGACGCUUUCUUUGGAACACUCAAGUUCGCCUAUUCCCUGUUUACGAUUUUACUACGCAUGCGAAAAUAA